GCUCUGUUUCGCUCCCUGACAGAACAGAGCACCGGAACUUGUAUCUGCUCGCUAGACCAAUCGGGUGUGAGAUUACUUGGACGCCUUUGCUGGAACAAUACGGGCAACAGGACAUAUCGCUGUAUAUACAGUAGAGUGUAUUUUUAAUUUCCUAAAGAUACAUUUUAUACUGUACGAAUAUUUUAACACAGUUGUUUCGAAAAUGAUUGACCAGGCAGGUUAUAUCAAAGCUCACUGCGAUGUGAUAUCACAGUAACGACGGCGAGGUGUUAGCAAGGUGUCAGGCGCUAGCUGAGGAAACAUUAGCUAACAUAUGUGAGGACCGGCGGACAACAGCGAAAUAAGUUAACGAGAGGUGUCACUUGAAUUGCUAACCUAAGACCGGUCAGCUGUUGAAUAUCUGCGUUUGUCAACGAGGCCACCAAACAACAAAGUCCGAUGUGUUUGAAUCAGUCAUCUUGUUUGGUUAAAGCUAGCUAAAAGCAUCACAGUAGCAUAGCUGCUUCGUAAACGUCAACAUCCACCAAACUGGACAAAACUUUGGAUUUAGUCGGGUACAAGUCGGGCUCGGCGGGUUCGCUGACCCCUCAGAAGAAAAUGAAGAAGAGGAAGGAGCUGAACGCCUUGAUCGGACUCGGGGACAGCAAGAGAAAGAAGACCAAAAAGGGGUCUGGUCACCGGCUUCUCCGAACCGAACCUCCGGACUCAGAGUCCGACUCGAGCUCGGACGACGAUGAGUUCAACAACCUGAGCAGCGGAGCGAACUUUGGGAAGAGAAGCUACACACAGUGCUGCAAUGUGUGCUACCCCUUGUUCCUGUUCAUCAUACUAGCUGCCUGUGUGAUGGCCUGUGCUGGGCUCAUAUGGAUGCAGAUUGCUCUGAAAGAAGAUUUAGAUGCACUGAAGGAAAAGUUGCACAGCAUGGAAUCCAGCCAGAAGGUGUCGUCAAGUGAAAUACCAAAACUAAGUGAAGACCUGAAGAACAAGGAGAGGAAGCUUGACGACAUAGAAACUGGGGACAAAGGGUUGAGUAAGCUCUGGUCCAACCUGACAGAAAUGAACAGAAAGAUUGUUUUGCUGGACUCUGCUGUGAACCAUUUGAAGGCCAACUUGAAAUCAGCUGCUGAUUUAAUCAGCCUUCCCAACACAGUGGAAGAGCUUCAGAAGAGUGUUGCUUCAAUUGGCAGCACGCUGACAAGUGUACAGCACGAUGUGAAGACCAUGCAGUCUGCUCUUGAAAAUCAAAAGAAGGAGGAUGACUUGAAGAAGACAAUGGACAUAUCAGACCUUAAAACUGCAGUGAGCGAGGCAAACAAGACGGAGGAGCUGCACCACACACAGACUAAUGAGCAGAUCCACAUCCUCCUCACUACGGUUUCAGAUCUCCGCCAGAGAGUGUCGUCAUUGGAGAACGGCUCAAAGCAAAGCUCAGAGUAUCAUGAAGUACCAGCUGCUUUGGAGAACAUCGAUGAAAGUCCAGAAACCCAAGAGGUGAACGAAGCUUCAACAACCAAAGCAGCUCCUGGGAAAAUACAAGAGGUUUCCACACCACAGGCGAGCAGACAGCCACGUUUCUUAACUCCACAGCGCUCUAGGAGAAACGCUGAGAUCCCAUGUCCGGAAAGGGUGCUCCUACCUGGUGUCAGUUCUCUUAAAGAUUUAGAAGACAUGUUCAAGCAGGAAGUCAUCAGACGUGAUUCUACUGGAUUGUCCUACCAUGGACUGAGAAAAAUAUUUGGACCAUCACUUCCUAAUGCACGCACAAUGCAGUGUUUUGACAAUGACAUGGACCACAAGUACUCUCUAAAGGAGCUGAGAGCUGCCGUAGGUUUGUGAGCACAUUAUCACUGACAGCAGUGAACAGUAUUGAAUACCCAGUGGUGUGUGUGGGCUCGGAGAUCCCGACCCUUUUCUGUAAUUGCUGCACUUUUGUGAACUGAAUAUUUAUCAUACCGAUUGUGGAACAGUGGCGCUGGCAUGCCCCCCUAUUCACCUCUUCUCCUCAGUCUAAUUCAGCACAACCUCUUCCACAAAACUACGCUUUAAUUUUAAAAUGAACCCAUAUGAGUAUCUGUGUGAAGACUAUUCAGCUCUUGUUUUAACAUAUUCCAUGGUUUAAAUGAAAGAAAUCAUGGAUAUUAGUGUUGUGAAUUAUUCUGAACCCUGUUUUCUACCUUUAACUCUUAGAGUUGUUUUUAUGCACCUGGUUUCUUUUUGUAUCUUCUCAACCCAUUUGUUUCAUCUUAGUGUAACAUUUGAGUUAUCAAUCAACAAAAUCAUCUGGUACAACUCAUCUGAACCUGGUUUAUAGAAACUCAGUUGGAAUUUUUUUAAUGUUUACAAAUGACUGCUAGAAUCCAAGUUUUAGUGAGUGUUUUUGUUUUUAAAGAUUCCUUAAAUGUAACUGAAACAUAGUUGAGUGCAAGAGCAGACUUGUGCUCUUUUCUUUGCUAAACAAAGUUUGGGUUAUCCUUCUCUAUAUUUCCCCCGAUCAUUUACCUUCAUGGUGUUGUGACAUCAUGAUUUGAGUUGUGUGUUAAGUCAAUCUGUACAUGUAUCUGUAUUUUUUCCUCUUAUUUUAUUAUUUUGCAGUUUUCUGAUUUAAAAGUUUUGAAGGGCUAUGAACACUUUCAAUCAUUCAGAGAGAAUUUUGAAGUGGUCACUCCAGAGGCAUAUGUAGCAAUAACAAAAGUACAUAGCUAUCGCUUGUUUAGAGUUGCAGUAGACAGAAAAGUGCAUCUAGCUCACAAAGUGUAACAGGUAGUAUAAGAAGCACUGACCAUCACUCUUUACUUGAGUCAUUUUAUUCCAUUUUUAUGGGCCUAAUUAAGGUGUACUGACAUUUAAAUGAUGUUAUUCUCAAACAAUGUUGUACUCUGUAAAAAGGUUUAAAUGUAUUCUCAACAGAUUAUCUUGUGCAGGGUGUUAAGUAAGCAAAACUUGCUUUACAGUCUUAAUCUCAACAUCGUAUGUUUUUAAUGGUUUCAUGUUUUGCUUUGCAUGUUGCUCAUUAUGUAACAUGAACAAAUUAUUUAUAAACUUAACAUAGUCAACUACUUCUUUUUGCAGGACAAUAGUUAGUUGAGCUCGAAUUGUAACAGCUUUGGCCAUCAUGAUGUAGAUUUUUGGAUCCAUGCUGCUACUGAACAUGGGAGGUUUUAUGAAUGUGUUUUUGUGUGAGCACCAAUAAUAAAAAAAUAAAAAACACAGGAAAAGGA